UUUUGAGGUUUGAAUGAAGCUGGCAACUUGUCCUGCUGGGUUUGUUUAUGGUGGUUUUAUUGUACUCGUAAAAUAGCAACAAAUUUGUCCUAAAGUAGAAUUUUUAGCCUCAAUAACAUAAAUGGGUAAGUAGCUGCUUAUGUCGAAGAAAGAUGUAAUUUUGACCAAGCUAAAUUUGCGUAGCGUUUACCGCGAUUUUGAUCUGUUUUCGUUGCUACAAAUCCUCGGAUUUUCAGAUAGAACGUCUGACGUUCGCUGCGGACGAUGCCGGGAGAUUUGCAGUGGGGAAACUCUACGAUUUGGCGACAGACUCUUCCAUGCAAACUGCCUGCUUUGCCUAGGUAUGUUUAAAAAUUAUUAGGAGAUUUCUCUCAUCAAAUUAAGCCCGCGCGUUAUUUUAUUUAGCGUCGCGUGCCGUUCAUUUUCCAGACUAGUCAUUUUCGGCACAAAAAUUCCCAUGUUUGAAAUUCAUAUCAUUUUUGGCUGUAACCAAUACUUUGUGUGACAGAAAAGUCGGUAUUUGUGGUUUUCGGGAUUAAUUUUUCUCUUUUCUAACAUUCCUGAAGCGAUUUGAUGCACAUCUAUUGCAUCUAAUAUUUGAAUAUUCUGAUUUUCGUCCUCUUGUAGAUGUUAAUUUUUUGCAAGUUAAUAUCCUUGCACACUAAGUCAUUUUGUCAAGCAAUAAGACACGUAAAAUAGAUAAAUAAAACGCCGAACAAUAAUUAUGAAGCGUUAACAGCUUUUAUCGUAUUAUGCACUAAAAGCUGAUUCAAUUUUACUGUUCGAAAUCAAAAUUUAUGUGAACAGUCUCCAAACAGAGCUUAUUGUAAAGUAACGUGAAGUUUAACUUGUUUUUGUUAUUCAAUAGAUAUGAAGUGAGGCUUUGUUUAUGUUUCCACCCUCUGGCAUGCUUUUAGUUAACAAAAUAAUACUUGAAAUAAUGUGCAGUGUAAUUAAACAUGAUUCAUAAAUGAUUGUCAAUUAUUUAAAUUUUUUAAAAGUGUAAAUAAGGACGAAACUAACUUUCAUUCUCUGAAAUACACCUAACCUCUAAUUAUAUUUAAGUACUUGGAAGGGUUCAAGUUGGAAAUAACAGAAACAAAGAAUGAGAGCUAUUAAAAUUUAUUGUCAUUUGAGCAAAAUGCAAAUGCUUUUUGUGCUCUUGAUGUAUUACUGAGAACAAUGUUUGCUACUACAAGCCUGAUUAAGCUGAUCUAGAGUUCAGUUGCUCUAAUAAGAAAUAUUGAACUCAAUUUAAGGCAAUUAUGGUUGACUAGAGUGGACAAGAACUAGCACGUUUGAGAGUGGAAAUAGCAACCCUUAGGGUAGGUGCUAGGGCAAAGGAACGAGAAGGACAAAACAUGCAUGAAAUUAUUCCUUUUAUACCACUACAUGUGAAAUUUCUGCAAUUUGAUUGGCUUAGAGCGGUGGUAUUUCAGCUUAAUUUGAAAUACCUACAUGUGAAAAUUACAAACCUUUUGCAGGUAGUAGUAUAAACAAAUAAUAGCACGAUUUGUACGUGAUAUUUGGCAUAAAUACACUUGUGAUAUUUCAAAAUUGUCUCAAAUUUCACAAGCCGUCGAUAUUGCAAAAUUGUCUCAAAUUUCACGAGCCGUUAUCACUAUUAAUCAUGCUAUUAACUAUACAAAUUUCACUCUUCGCUAUUUGAGUACACAUACAAAUAAGAAAUAGUAUACAGAGAGACGUAGAACAAUUUGCUUUAACUGGUCCUUGGAUUACUUAGACAAGAUCUGAUCCUGAUAGAACAUGACUAUUAGCCUUGCCUCCAAGCAGUUCUAAAAAUCCAAAUAACUAAUCACAGAAAAAGGUGCAAAAAAGGUCUUUGCUUUUGAAACCAAGCUUGUGUUAAGUCAAUCUUUCUUUUAAGAAAAAGAGCUUUCCCCUGCUGAGUGUGAAAUGAAAAGGGUCUUUGAAAGGACCCCUUAUUGAUUUUGAGAUAUACUCAUGAGAAAGUUAUAAAUCUGGAUCAUGUCUGGGCUCUAAAAAAUACUGUUCGCUGUCCAGGACGAGUGAUUUUCCUGUCGAGAAAGUAACUUUUUCGUUCUCAGUUAUACUGUGCAGUGGGCAAAGGCUUAGGUAAGUCGUCUUGUAAAUACAUCAUGAACAACAAUGCAGUAGUCCCGGACAUUGGGCACAUAAAAUUUUGGGCAUUGCCUAUUCUUAGUCAAGCUGAAGUUCAAGUUUAUUUUUCAAGCCCUGCAUGCGACUGGACCGAAGUAGCAUUCCAAGACUUGAUUUUUGUCGGUGUUUAAUUUUCAUUGAUCUGAUUAAACAAACCUCUGUUUUUAUUGUGCCAUUACAUUUUUUUGCAGUUUGUGGCAGAGAUCUUGCAAAUGUUGGUUUCUUUGUGCAAAAUGACCAAUACUUCUGUCCAGAAGAUUUCCAAGAGCGCUUUGGUACAAAAUGUGGCAUUUGUCAUCAGUUUUUGGAAGGUGAAGGAAUAAAUGUUGGUGGAAAAGCAUUCCAUGAGAGAUGCUUUGUAUGUGCUAGUUGCAGGUACAGUGUAUAGUAUUGAAGGAUAAAAAUUGUUUGAUGUUUGCCUAGUGUGGUAUUAAAUCCCUCUGCCCUGCUGAAAAAUGUUGCUUGAAGUUAGUCGAACUGCUUCCUCUCCUUACCAUCUGGCCUAAACAGGGCUUCUGAUAUUUUGCACGGUUGCGGAGCCCUGAAGAUCUCUUCCCUCUGAAUAAGUUAGGUGUCAAAGUUGUCUAUGAGUGUUAUUGAUGAUGUCACAAGUCAGCUGGCACAGUUUUUCUAGGUUUGAAUAUGUUAUCAUAAAAGCUGCUUAUCGAUUGGAAAAUUAUGACUAAUUUCGGCAACUCAUGGCUUGUAAAAUUACAUAUAAUCACAAAAUAUCAGACCAUAAUUUUAUAAUGUUUGUCCCACUGAAAGUAAAUUUCCAUUUCCAAAUUUCCAAACAAGGUUGCAAUGCAUUGAAUGAUGGUUAUUUUAGUUAUCAAGGUACAUGUAUGUAUGACUUGUGAUUGUGUCAAAAAUAAAACCACCUUCUCAGGUAGACUCAUUAUUUCACAUUAUUCGUAAAUUAUGGAUGUCUGCUACUAAGUUAAGAUCCAUUUUAUUCAGAAUGGUGACAGACUUGGGCAAAUUAUGCUUGUACCUUUGUCUAGAAAUCCUUUUCCACCUGGGGAAAAAAUUGUGUCAAGAGGUAAAGAAUACAUCUGCCAGCGAUGUAAUGCACAGGAGAAGAGUGCUGACGUGAGAGGACCAAAGCUCGAAAGUAAGUUCAGGAAUCUUAAGUACAAGACUGAAAUGUUUAACUUCAGGAAAUUUACAAUAUAGCCCUGUUCAUACGAUGCAAAAUUUUGUUUGUUUUGCAAAAAAUCUCUCAAUAGGAAGCCAUUUCUAGUGAGAAUGAUUUUUUUCGCCCGCCAAAAGCUUCACAAACAUCACCAAACUUCAAAGUUAGGUGACAAAAUCCUUUGUUCCUUGACAGCUAUCCUUCAUUGGGUCAUCUCAUUUCAUGAACAUUACCAAUGAAUUAUUGUUCCUUUAAUUGAUGUCUUUGGUCGCACAAAAAAUUUCAUGUGUGUGUCUUAAGUGCCAACAAAGUUAGUCAAAAACAAAAAAUUGGUUAAGUACAAAAUUUUCAAACUCUGUGCAAGCACCAAACUAUAUUUUUUGUCAUAGUGUGAACAGGGCCUAUGCAAGCAGUCUCCUCUCCUCUCUUCAGAUCACUCCCCAUUUUUGUUUUAGGCCAAUGUUAAAUUAAGGUUAGUAUUUUUUAACUUUACAGUCAUGUACAUGUAGGUUGAUUCUUAAUUUCCCUUUUCUCCCAACCCCAAUUCGUGAAUAGUCAUCUGGAGUUAGGAGAUAAAGGAUAAGUUAAGAAUCUAUCAAAUUUCAAUGAUUUUCACCUGAAUUUGCCAUUGACUUACAACUUCUACACCCGUUGGUGAUGUUCUCUUUUUAAUAACUAAUGAAUUGGUUAGCUCUCCAGUUGACUUGAUUAGCUUAUAAACGUCAUAUACAUUAUGUAGUUGGAUAGGUCAUUCUGUAAACAGGGCUUCUGAUAUUUUGAGGAAAAAAAGCAAAAUUUCACGGGAUUUUCAGGGGCAAAUUCGCGGAAAAAUCGGCCGAUUUCGCGGGAUUUUCGCGGGAAAAAAGUCAAAAUUCGCGGCACAAUCAGCCGAUUUCGGGCGAUUUUCGAGGGAGAGAAGUCAAAAUUCGCAGAAAAAUCAGCCCAUUUCGCGGGAUUUUAGCGGAAAAAAGUCAAUUUUCGAAGGAUUUUCAGGGGCAAAUUCUUAGGAAAAUUGGCUGAUUUCAUGGGAAAUUUCGGGGGGAAACUUCGCCAAGAAACAAUCAGUAAAAAACAGCCAAUUUUGCUGGGAUUUUUUUGGCAAAUUUGGCUAAAAUUGAUCAAUUUUGCGUCGAUAUGACCAGCGUAGGUGAACGUUUUUGUAGCAGGGUUAAUCAUUUGCUCUUUUUGAUAUUUAUCCAAUGUAUGAUUGUCUGUCUGUAGGGUGUGCUGGAUGUGGAGAGGAUAUCCGUAGUGGGCAGUCGCUCUUAGCUCUAGACAAACAGUGGCAUUUGUGGUGCUUCACAUGCACCAAAUGUGGUUGUUUGUUAGCUGGAGAGUACAUGGGCAGGUCAGUAGACAACAUUUUGAUAGGGGCCUGGGUACUAGCCUGUUAUUGUGUUUUCUUGAUCAUUCUCUGACAAUGUAAUUUGUGAUUACACCGUAUUAUCAUAAAUUACUAUUUUGCCGGCACGUAUCAGAGGUCUGGGGAGGGUGUUAGUGCGCAGUGAAUCAUGGGAUUCGAGUUUGUUAUUCGUGGUCGUUAGGAAGGUGAGGCAUUUUACAGUCAGCCUUCACCGUGUUAGGUUGCUUUUCUCUCUUUUAUUUUAUUCAUGUGUUUAUUGAUGUUUAUAGUUUAGGCACUAGCAUACCCUAAAACCCCAAGGGUUGCACCACUGCCUUGGUCGGGGGUACACGUUCCCCGUGUUUUUUCCACCUGCUGGUUUUUUGGGGUUUUCGUGUCUGGCUUUGGUGCUUCUGUUCUUUCGUUUAUAGAUAUUACUUGAUAUUUGUACAUAUCUGCAUAUAUGUUGAAUAAACGGCACGGUGGAUUGGCUGGCCCACGCGCCCAUAUAUGAACAUUGUUGUCUUGUGUGUACCGGUUGAGUAGUGGAGGCAAAAUAGGAUCAGUUACAUUAAAAGAGAUUCUCUUGUGAAAUGGAUAGACCCCUAUUUACACAACCCAGUAAAGUAAGCCAGCAGCCUCACAGUGGAAUAUUUGCCACCUAGUCAACAUUUUUAGGUUUAGUGAUAUUAAAUUAAAAAAACUUGCAAAUUUGGGCCUCUGCCUUCUGCAACUAUGGUUAUCCUGCCUACCAUACAAAGUAAAACAUUUUGACGGAGCUGAGAACGGUUAAUUGAUAUAGGAUUGGGAUUUUCCUUAGUUGUAAACAAUUGUUUUACAAAGAUAUUCCCCAUCCUAGUAUAUAGAUUGAUACCAAUUUGGUUGUAAUAUCUCAUUAGUUAAGAUUAAUUGAGUACAUGUGUAUUUUGUAUAGUAAUUAUUAACCCAUUCGCUCCUGGAGAUUUUGCCGAAAAACGCGUUUUGAAGCUAGUCGAGUGGUUUUCUGGUCACUGUCGUGCUAUAAAGAGCUAAAAGUUGGCACAAACCGGUUUACAGGUCGUACACUUGGCGGCCUUCUGAUCCAGAUGCAAAAUAUCAGCUUGCGAAGUUCGGGCUUUUACUUUUCGCUUUCUCUCCUCCCUUCUUUUUUCGCUUUUCUUGCCUCAUUUUUUUUUUCUCUUGCUGGGCAUUUAGUACGUAGGCUUCAUUUUGGUGGGAAGAGUUUUUAGGAAAGCUUUUAGGAUCUUAGGAUUAGGUGAAAGGAAAGGUAGGUGGGUAAUGGAACAAGAUUUUCAUGGAGAUUUUCAGGUCCUAGUCACGUGGUUUUUUGCUUCUUUCUCCGGUGUCCUUGACUGAAUUGUGCUCAUUCUGGUAUGGUUUGAAAGAUCUCUUCACUCUGCACAAGUUAGCGAAGAAAGUUGUCCUUGACCGUUAAAACUGAUGACUUUUUUUUAAAGUGCAUUGAAAACUUGAACCUUUUCUCAGGGAUGGCAAGCCUUAUUGUGAAAAGGAUUACCAAGCUGAAUUUGGGGUAACAUGUGCUGGGUGUGGUGGAUAUAUCAUAGGAAAAGUUCUUCAGGUAAGUAAAUUAAUGAUACACAAAAUUUAAAUACUGUAGAUAUACUGGUCAAGAUUCUUAUUGGGUUAAAUUUACCCAUGUACUAUCUUAACAACAACAUCCUUCUCAAAUCCUACAGUAUUUAAUGUAGGCAUCAUCAAUGUAGUGCUUUUAAUUUUAGUGAACCCAGAAAGUUUUUCAAAAUGUGUAAUCUCUCAGUUACCAGUCUGAUCAAUCGACCCUUUGGAAUUUAAUAUUCAAAUGUACAGUGAUGAACAUGCGUAGAAAAAGUGUGUUAUGAAAAUCAUCAAUGCCUGGCAUUAAUUUGAUAUCAAUCAGAAAAAUAUAAAGUUGGGAUUACGUGGUGUAUGACCAUGUGUACCUAAGAUGGACAAUCCAAGAAUUUUCUUAAAAACUUUCCCUCUCCCUUCAAAUACAAUGUAGUACAGACAAAAGUGAGGACAAUUUAUAAUUUAAUAUCGUCAGUUAACUUAGUGUUAUUGAACAUCUUGACCUCACCAGGCAGGAGAAAAGCACUACCACCCACAGUGUUCAAGAUGUGCUAGAUGUCAUGGAGUGUUCGGUGAAGGGCAGGAAAUGUUUCUACAGGGUAAGAGAAUUAACUACUGAUGUUAUUUUAUAUUAUUUUUUUCACAAAAAUUCUUUAAAAAAAUGUCAGUAAGCGUUUAGGUAUCAUGUUUACAUGGAAUAUGUUCUUCAAGGAAGAUAUUGCUUCUUAAGAAUAUUUUAUUUUCAACUUGUGUUUGUAGCUGUUGCUACAUGUACCUAGUGUGUUUAUAUAGCAGUUUUUGUCUGUAGGGUCAGAAAUUUGGCACCCAGACUGCAGCAAGGCAGCAGCUCUAAAUGGUGAAUUGGAUCGUUACCCAGUAAGUACUAAAUCUAAAUGGCAUCAAAAUCUAACUCAAGGUGGAUUUAAUAAAUUAAUAUCCAUUUCUUUGAUACUGUGAUAAGCAAUCACAAAACUUGUUCUUUUCCUUGUCUUUCUUGGUGAUUUACUUAUUUGCUCUUUAAUUUAUGUAUUUUUAUAUUUCAAAAUUGUAAACAACAAUGUCCCUGGUUAAAUUUCUGAAACCCUUUCCUUCAUGUGAAGUUCCUUUGCAGGUUAUUACUACAUGUAGGUAAGGAUAUGCUGUUCACGGAAUUUCUCUACUUGUUUUGCAGGCAGCACCAAGGGAUGGAUAUCGUGAUGGUAGGCACAUGUCUUAUUUGUUGUGAUUUUGAGUGUCCUCAGAAGUGAUUAUGAUGGUUCAGGAGGCCUAACUGCUGUUGUUAUAUAGCGAUGCCACAUAGACAAAAACAUUUUUUGAUCUAAAGGGAAACCCUAAGUAGCAGAUAUAUAAUGUCAAAAGGCAAUGCUGCAUUAGGAAGAUUGUAAUUAUCUGUCAUCUAAUGAUGUUGUAUGGGUAUUUCAUUCAGAUACUAUGUUACUUCAUUUUCAUUGUUAGAUGAUUAGUAUGAUUCUGUAUUGGUUAAGCAGGCCAUUAUUUUUGUAAAGGUUGUAAUUUUAUUUAAAUAGAAGAAGAUGCCCACCGCCCCUCUCCUCCCACUCGCACUUCAGCAAGUCGCACCACAGACUGGAAAGUGAAAUAUUCACCUCAAGGCUCACGAGAUGACGUAAGUUACAGAGCUGUUGCAAGAAGUCAACCACAGGUGGGUGAAAACUACCUUAAUCCUGUAUGACACUAAACAAUUGUAUCAUGUUGACAUCAAUAUGAUUAUUUAAAACAAUCUUUUAGAAGUAAAAGGGACCUAAAGGAAACACCAAUUCGACUUUUACUUUCUGCAGUAUGCAGUAAUUAAAAAAUAACUCUUCAGAUUUUAAAAGUGCCAUAAAUAAAAUAAUACAUGGAAAAUCAAAAUUGUUUGAACUAAAGCUUCAAAAGUUCUAGGGUGCUUUAUACCAUUACUCAAACCACCCAGGUAGGAAUCUUGCGCAUAAGCAGGAGAAUCUAACAUGUGACAUGGUGGAAAAGCAGCCAGCUACAAAGUAUAUCAAAAUCAGGUGAACAGACUAAAAAGAGUAGAAAAAUUGCAUUGCCUCAAAUCAUAGCCUGUACAUGUAUUUUCUGAAGUUUCUCAAACAGAAUGGUGUGAGCCAUUUGAUUUUCCAGCCAGAGCUUCCAGUUUUCCCACAAAAAUGGUUAGUCCUUUGAUGCCAUUCAUGUUUAAAUAUUUCGAAAACAAACUUCCUCAAUAUGCCAAGGAUUGACUGGGCCAUUAACAUUUUUUCUCAUAAAUUCAAUACGGAACCAUUGUCAUUUUUGUCAUUUUUCUUCUUGUGAAAUAAAGUAUUUGGAGUUAUAAGCUUAUUUCAGUCAUAUGAUUAGCUUCAAAUUUUUAAUUUGAACUUUUGUUCUGUAAUGUUUUGUUUAAAUUAUUAUUAUUUAAUAGUUCAACUUCUUUAUCAGAGCUCGAUACACAUCCUUACAGUGAUACCCUUGUACUUGUCUUUGCAGGAAGAGAAGCCUUCAUAUCAACAAAGUAGCUACUCUUACAAAGAUACAGGAUAUUGUAAGUGUUUUUAUUUCAUUUUAUUUUUCUCUACAGUAAGUAUUUUGGCUACUUAAUUUUUUUAUUUUAAUGUAAAACUGAACCAUUUGUCAUACAUAUUUCUUUUUAAUCAGAUAACGGCCAGCCAUACAGGGAGGUCACUCCAAGAAGAGAGGUAUCAGUAGAUUUAAGCUCUUAGUACUUUUGUUCUUCUCAACAUGGCAACCAAAACACUUACAGCUACAGUUUAAAGCAGUCUUCAAUGAAAACUAUGUUAAUAUGGGAGAAGCUACAGUCCAUUACACAGUACAUUUUUCAAGCACAUGACUUUCCCCUCUCCUCCCCCCCACAGUUACAUGGCCAAAUCAACAAUAUAAAGGAGAGGUACAUGUAAUGAAGCGAAGGCAAAUGCAAAAGCAGAUGGCUGAAGUAGUCAUUUUGUAAAGAAUAUACUGGUUUAUGUUUUUGUUCUUGAUCUGUUUUGGAGGGAAAACAUCUUAGUGUACCUGAUUAAAAGCCUUUGGGGUUCAAAUUGUUUCGGCUGACAAGUGGUGUGUAUUCAAGACAAGUCUCUUAUCCAUUUGUGGUAAUUCAAGUCGUUGACAAUGUUUUUAUUGUCUUUUGUAGGAGAGUCUUAAUGCAGUACCACAGGAAGAAGGUAUGUACCUGGCCCUGGUUGUUCAAAAGUUGGAUAGCACUAUCCACCAGAUAAAUCACUAUCCAGUGGAUAAGUAUUAGGAAAACUAAUUACGCUAUCCAGUGGGUAGAGAUUGAUCCAAUGGAUAGCGCUAUCCGCCUUUUGAACAACUUGGGCCUGGACUGUACACCUAUCGACUCUCCUAAGUUCCUUACCAGCCCUGGGACUUCCUAUGCUCCUUGUUCUGUGCUCUUUACUUUUCCCCUCCCUCCCCUCCCCUCCCCCUUGUCCAAGAGUCUUUUCUCUUUCUCCUGCACAACGCAAUAAAUGUAGCAGAGAUGUAACAGGUGAAACGUUCAUGUUGAUAUGUUCAUACCCCCUAUACCUGUAGCAUCCACUCACUACUUGUUUGUAAUCCUUAAAUAUCUAUCUCAUGUUGUCUCUCACUAUAAGACAAGCAGAUCCCAAACCCCACUCCCCUCCCAUUGUUUGUUAUUAAUAUCGUCUGACCUUCCCUCUGACGUUGAUUCCUCUGUUAUAGUAAAAAGAAAUCUCUCGCAUUCAUUAACAAACCUUAGAGAGCUUCAAAAGUCUCCUUAAGCUUAGUCGGUUUUACAGCAUCUCUACGAAUAUUUAUUUAUUUAUUUUUAACACCAAACUUACAGGAAUCAGCCAUACUGAAUCAAAUGUUGCAACUCUGGUAUUAUUUUCAGAUUCCAGAUCUCCGUAUGAUGAAGACUUGGACAGAGAGGAUUUCAUGAAUAAAACACAAGUGAGUAAUAACUAUAGGGCGGCUUUAUACAUUUUUUGACAGAACACAAACUGAUUUGUUUUGAAACAGUCAUAUUAAAUGGUUAAAAUGAGGGGAGCGGGAAAUAGCGCCUUCGUGAACUUUUCACUUCUCCGUUAUUUUUGUUCUGCCAGUUAUACCCCGGUGUGGAGCAAGGGUGGGGCAUUGUUGAAUGUGGUAUGGGUUUGUAUCUCAAAGUCGACACUGUUUGUCUGCUGAGUUUGUUAUUUGUUCUUAGGCUUUCUCUUAGAUUUUUUACUUGAACACUUAUAAGCGAACUCUUAAGAACUCUUAUGUUUUCGAUGGGUAAACGCUUAGAUCCAGUGCGCUGAUAUUAUUAUCAGGGAGGGGAAAAGUCUUUAUUUACAGCAUAAUAAUAAGCACUUAAUUGAUUCUCAGGUAUACCCGUACAAAGCACUCGUGACUACAAAUUACAAAUUACCAAGAGGAGUUGACAAGACAAAACUUGAGGUAAACGCACCUGUGUUUUGUGAGGUGCAAUACAUAUGAGAGGUCAACAGCACCUCUCCUGUUGACAUUAUACAUGUAUAUGAACAGUAUACUCAGACAUGAGUUUAAAAUAAGGACUCCACCGGGUACCGCUAUCGGUCCAUUUAGGAGUUUGUUUUAUUUUAGAUGUGUGUUUUUAAUUUAAGUGAAGUGAGAACAAGGUACCUGUAAGAGGCUGACUACACCACCUGGUAAACUGAAAUGCACAAGUUGUAAUCAGAGCUCCGAUAUUGAAUUAACACUUUAUACCUUGAUUACAUUUAAAUGGUGGUUAUCCCACUUCUAAACAUCCAAAACUGCUACGCCUCACUCACUAAAAAAACACGUUUUAAUUAAUUCAAAACUCGUCUCCUCGCCUCAUGUUUCAAAGUCUUCUUUGCUCUAAGUGAGGCAUGGUAAAGAUUGUUUGUUUGACUGAUUGAUUGAUUUAUUGAUUGAUUGAUUGAUGGCUUAUUUUCGUUUUUAGACCUACCUUUCUGAAGAGGAGUUUGAAAGGGUGUUUUCCAUGACAAGAGAUGAGUUUUACCAGCUGGCGCAGUGGAAACAACAGGCUCGCAAGAAGGAAGUUUUACUGUUUUAAGAGCAAGUUUGCUGUACAUGCAGACGUCAAUUCUCCCGGGGGCUGUUGGCAAUGUUAGCAGUGUUUCUUUUAUCUUUUUAACGUGAUAAUUUUUUUGUCCAAACUUCCUGCAGAUCGACUGUUAGGACAGUCUUUCUUACAAUUUUCUCAUUUUAUUUCAACGGCAGCCGUCAGAAAACAAAGUCCGCUUUUCCUACAGUUUAAUAUUAAAUACUGAAGGAACUGGAUUUAAAAUGAAAAGUUAAAAAUGAUGCAAGAAAAGACGUUAAACUUAGGAGACAAAUCAGUGUCAGAAGAAGACGCUCUACUUUUUAUUUUAUAGGCCUGUUUUCUUUUUUACUGUUCAUAGUAAGGUUCAAAGAUCACAAGAUGAAGUGUCUACUUUUGACCAAUGAAAGUAGACUGAAAUUGACAGUCAGAUAUAUAUUUAACAAUUAUUCACUAAACAGGAGGUUAAUCUUGGCCGAUAUUUACCACGCUAGCGUUUAUCACAAGUACCUUCUUGAAUAUAUAUUUUAUUUUAGUAUCUACCAUACUAGUGAACAGCAAAAGUCAGGAGUAUUUACCACGUACGAGCGCAAGUAUCUAAAUUUCGUAAGCAAUCUUCAGCAGGCUGCCUAAAAUGUGUACAGUUCCAAUAACACAGAGAUUGAUACAAAAUGUCGUACGUCCCCGCGCGCAAUGGACGUUCCAAGGUGAAAAACAAGUGCUGUUUGCCUCCAAAUUAACAAAGCAGAGUGUGCUUGAAACGCUUCUCAUAUAUAUUUAGUAGUGGAAUGAAGAAUACUAGGGUUGCCACAGUCAUAGAACAAUAAUUUUUUCAAAGUGAGGAAAAAGUCUGGGAAUCUUGCAAAGUCAAGGAAAAGUUAGUGAAUUUUAUUAUUACGAUGUCUUGAGGAUCAACAAGAAACAUAUUAUUCAGAAAAAACGUUCCUGCUUGAAGAUGAUCGAUUUUGACGAUCAAAAUUCUUUGAAAAACUAUCCGCGUAUCUCGGGAAGAUAUUAAGAGACCGAAAAUGAAAGCUCUCAUGGCCUGAUGAAAAUAUGAAAUGCAAGGAAAACCGGGUAAUUUUAUUUUUCUUUCUAUAAAGCCUGGUUAAUUUGUCGACAGUGGAACCACGAUUUUACAAACCUCUAUAAAACAAAGACCUUGGUAUAACGAACGAUAUUCCUAGCCCCGGUAAUGGUAAAAUGUUUGGAAAAGCAGCUCGAUAUAACGAAACCUCGUUACAGCGAACAUAUUUGAUCAGUCCCUUAGCACUUCGUUAUAUCGAGGUUCCAAUGUACUUGUAGCCUGCGUAGCCGCCAUCGGAUGGGGUAGGAGAUUUGGAGGAAGGGGAAAAGGGACGGGGAUUUCAUGCUUUUCUUUUCUCCCCCCCCCUCCCCUCCCUCUCCCCCUCCCUCUCCCCUUCCCCUUUUUAUGCCUGCCACGCAGGCUACUAUACUUGGUGUUAGUUGACCAUGAAGUUAGUUUGAUUGACACCUACUCGGUAUAUCCCGGAUGACUUUUAAAUGGUAUGAGUGUAAAACUGUGAGGUUAUUCAAAUUGAUCCAGCCUCAUAAUUUAGCCCUCGACUGAUUAAACAGUUUAUAUUCGUACCGUGGACCUGUCACAUACAUUUCAGAGACAGUAUGAUCAUUUCUUUAUUUCAUGCGUUGAUAUGCUCAAAACAAGUGAAAAUAUUUUAUUUGUUAUAAAAACAGAAAGCAGAACCAUUUAACCUUUAAAACGAACACCAUCAUAAAGCAGAAACAUCUUGAUCAGCAAAAGUUGUCUACCUUAAUCCAACUCCUACCGCUAUGAUUUGAACAGCUCAGUCCAAUGCGGGGACUUGGUAUUGCCCCAUUUGGUGUUAGUCCCAGUGAGGUUUUUUCUUUUUCUCGACAGUUAUAAGAGCUACGAAUAUUAUUAUGUUCAACAAGAAGAAUAAAAGAAAAGAAGCAUCUUAAAAACAGAAUGACCAAGAAUUGAAUUGAUAAAUUUAGUUAAUUAGUUUAAUAUUUUAUUCGAGAUUAUUGUUACAAAUUAUUAUAGCCCGUUUAGCUUUUAUUAGUACUGUCCUCGACGUUCAUUACCAAAGGAAAUUGUAAAGAUGCGUCGCUUAUUAUAUUUCUGCUUGUUAUGAUACAUAUGCUACUUAUAUUAUUGAGUAAAACUAUAUUAAGUAAAAAUAGAUUUUAUUGCCAAUAUUAUAUGAUUAAAUAACGUUUUUCACUUUUCAGUAAAGAUUAGGAUACAAGCAAC